ACAAGUCCCCGCGGGCCGACGCGGUGACGUCACGCCCGUGCGUGACUGUGGAGGAAUGUGCGGAAACUUCUGACCACUCUUCUUGUUCAGCGCUUCGUCGAAGGAAAAAAGAACUCCAGAGACGGAAUAAAGUUCGGGAAAGUUCGAAAGUGAGUCGUAGAUUGACGCCUGACUUGGACAUGGCGGCCCUCUCGGUGGGGAUGUUUCCCGUGGACGUGUCCAUGGCGGAGGACCGGCCGGGGCUGGGGAGCAUGCCCAAGAACACGCUGCCCGCUCCACAGCUGGUGAUGCUGGCCAACGUGGCGGCGGAGUGUUGUGGAGGAGGAGAUGGCAGCGUGGCGGACGAAAAGGAGAUGGUGGAACUCAAGACUGUGGGAUGCAGCUACUCUGACAGCGAGGAUGAGAGUGUGAUCAGGUACAGCUACAACGACCAGAACCACCUAAACGUUUGCGCCGUCGACUACCCCGAGUCUCCAAACAACCAGGCUGUCGCCGGGGGGGACCAUCAAGAAAAGGAAGUAAAUGAAGCUCCGAGCCAGUCCCAGCCUCACCCCUCCACCCCCAACCCACCAAAGGAUGGCGCCAGUCACAAAGGCACGCCCCCAACCGUGGACGGCCUGACGAAGAAGAAGCCGUUCUGCUGCAAACCGUGUCGCUUCCAGGCUCAGAACAAGCAGCAAUUCAUGGAGCACCUGAGCUCGCACCUCGUCAGCAAGAUGUUGGUGGUGAACCAGGUAGAGGGGCGCAGCAAAAUCAAGGCCAAGGAGGUAGAGACACCUGAAGCCACUCCUGACAAGUCCAGCGAGGAGGCGGAGAAUGGCGGAGAAGGAGCGUCAACAGGGAAUGAAAAGAAAGGGUUAUUUAAGUGUGAGCGGUGUGGCUACAACACCAACAGAUUAGACCAUUACAUGGCUCACCUGAAGCACCACAGCAAGGAGGGGGAGGACCACAGGGUGUUCAAGUGCACUCUGUGCACGUACACGACCGUCAGCCAGUACCACUGGAGGAAGCACCUGAGGAACCACUUCCCCAGCAAGCUGCACACCUGCAGCCAGUGCUCCUACUUCUCCGACCGCAAGAGCAACUACAUCCAGCACAUCCGCACGCACACAGGUGUCCGUCCAUUCCAGUGCGCGUACUGCGACUACUCCAGCUCGCAGAAGACACACCUGACCCGACACAUGAGGACUCACUCAGGUGAGCGCCCCUUCAAGUGUGAGAGCUGCCCCUACCUGGCAGCUAACCAGCAUGAAGUCACCCGCCACGCCCGCCAAGUGCACAACGGCCCCAAACCGCUGUCCUGCCCGUACUGCGAGUACAAGACGGCCGACCGCAGCAAUUUCAAGAAGCACGUGGAGCUUCACCUGAACCCUCGGCAGUUCCUCUGCCCGCUCUGCAAGUACGCCGCCUCCAAGAAGUGCAACCUACAGUAUCACAUCAAGUCCAGACACUCGGGCUGCAGCGUGGAGCUGGACGUCUCCAAAGUCAAACUGCGCAUCAAGAAGCCCAGUACUGACACCGCAGACGAGAACUCCAAAGGAAGCAAGUCUGACGAUUCUUCCAGCUUAGAGGAGGACAUGGAAGAAGAGGACGAUCACGCCAGCCCCAUAAAUCUGUCCAUCAAGAAGAGCAGCAAGACCAACCUGCCAGAAACUACCGACAAGUCUGCAAAGAAACCUGGACUGUCAUCUGAGGAAGAGAAACCACAGAAGGUGAAGGAGCAGGAGAAAAAGAUCUCAACGAGGCAGAAGAAGGUCCUUGAGGGUCCUGGAGAGACCACGUCUGUGACAGACAACAAGGUGAAGAAACGAGUCAAGAAGCUGCAAGCAGAGAAAAAGAGAGUCCAGGACCAAGCAGAGGAACCUCCGCCUGAGAAACACAGACCAGGGGAAACCUGUCUACAGCAAACAUCACAAGAGGCAUUAGUGAAGGACCAAAAGGUCAGGCCUGACAAGGAGAAGGAACCUCAGAGCUCUAAACCCAGGAAGUGUGGAUCCAGGAAGUCUGAGAAGAAAACACAACAAGUCAAGGAAGCUCCAGAGAAGGCCAUGAUUCCUGCAAAGAAACCCAAACCAAAGGUGGUCAAAGACAAACCCACAAAGAGAAGAGCAGCUGAAGCUCUGGAUCUUUCCCAAAAGUCCUCCAAGACCAGGCGUUUGAAACCUCCUGCUGCUGAAAAGCUGCCGGCCAAAUCUUCUCAACAAGUGGAGUCCAGCCCAGCUGUCAGAUCCAGCAGAACUGCGUCUGCCAAGACUAGGAAGUCCAGCAAGAAGGCCUCUGAACUGCAGCAAACGGUGGCUCCAUCGGAGAAUCCGACACCUGACCGAGUCCCGUCCUCAGAGGCUCCAGAGACGUCCUCUCAGCCUACAGGAGACCGUCCUGCAGGUUCCUCCAAAGAACGCACGGAUUCAGGAGAACCUGCUGCCAGUCCGACUGAAGACCGCCACCCUCCGACCUUCAUCAAGCCCACGCUGCCUCCUCUGCUUCCAGGAGGCCAGCGCAGCAGACCUGCAGAUGCCGAGGAUGACGAGGGCAUCCACAGCUGCCAGGAGGCAGGAAGUGACAUCAGUGACAGUGCGUCGGAAGGAAGCGACGACUCUGGCCUCAAUGGGACCGGCGCCAGAUUAAGCAAGAUGGCCAACGACCCCGAAACGCCCACAGAGGAGGUGCCAACGCCGGCAGGCCUCAAGAGCCACCUGUGCAUCUUCUGCGACCGCACCUUCAUGCAGGAGGGGGAGUACCGGCGCCACCUGAACCGCCACCUUGUCAACGUCUACUAUAUGGAUGGAGCUUCCAGCACUCAGAAGUGAGACGUUUCCACGGCGACGGCCCAUCGAACUGAACGGACAACUCAUGUUGUUGAAAUGAUUUUCACUCUCAAGGCUUGCAGCUGUUUCACUGUAGUCUAUGUAUUAAGACUCUUUUGUAGAAACUGAACACGGCAAUUCUAGUUCACAACCAGGAAUCUAUUCUUCUGAUCCACAAGAACCAGAUAUCCCUCUGAGGUCCAGAAGUUCAGAUCAUGAACUGGUCUUAAGCGGAUUCAGUGAAGUUUAGUCAAAGCAGAAACUCUUUCAUUCAUAUCAGGAAAUCUGAAUCAGUCCUGCAACUCUAAAUCACAUCAGCUGUUGUUACCGUGGUAACCAUGCCCUAAAAACUCUCGCCUUCCAGUAGUUUAUAAUGCGUUUCCAUAUAAAUCGUAUCCUGUUUCACCUGUAGUGCCUUUGACAAUCAGCUGUGUGGUCUGAAGGUUGGAGCUGAACCUCUGCAGACCAGAUUCUGGCCUUUAGGUUUCAGGUGUGUAAAUAUUUCAGUGCAAUACCCCCCAUCCCACAUGCUUGUUUAUGAAAUUGUUUUGAUAAAGCAGAAAGACUUUAUUCAAGCCUCCUCACUUCAAACUAACAGCUUUAUUCUGCAGCUCUUUGUCUCUGUCUGCAUUUUAAAUAAAGUUAUACAAAUCCUUUCA